AUGUCCUUGCCCCCCGGACAGCGACCUGGCGGCGCGCGCCCCCAGCGACCACCGUACGGCCAUCCCGCUCACCCCGGCCACCCAGGACAGCCCCAGAUGGGCCGCCCGUCAUCGCGCAACGCCGCUUUCGAGAACAUCUUUGGACGCCCCGCCGGCGGACACCAUCUCGGCGGCCCAGGUCCCAUGGCACCCGGCCCGCACGGCGGCCCGCCCCACGCACAGCGCGCACCCUACCCCGGUGCACCAGCUUACCCGCCCGCGAACCCCGCGCAGCCCAGCUUCCCCCCGACGCAGCCGACUGCAUUCCCCCACCCCGGCGCGCCCAAGCCGCACGGCGGAGCACCGAAUCCCUACAGCAACUACCCCGCCGAGGCGUACCGCGCACCAGCACAGCAGCAGGGAUACGACGCAUCGAACAGUGGCGCGUACGCGAACAUGCGAGGUCCGAGCUAUAACCCGCAGAUCCAGCAACUCCAGUCAGCAGACGCUGUCCCGAACCGCCGCACAUCGCUCAACCAGAACACGCAGAGCGGCAGGCAGUACUUGCAGCGCGCGCCGACGCAGACGUCGUACAACUCGUACCAGUCGCCCGGAGAUCGUCUUCCCCAGGUCCAGGAGCGUCUGCCCCACAUCUCCGUCAUUCCUAACGGUGGCAGCGGAGGAGGGUCAGGACAGCCUGUAGCUCCACUCCAGCAGCAGAAGACGGGAGGCAGCGUUGUCAUGCCCCAUCCCAGGUCCAUGUCUGGUAGUGCCGCCACGGGCCUGCAGCCGAUGACCCAGGCGUCCGUGCCGCCCCGCUCGCGCUCCCUGCACCACCAGGGCGGGCGCCCGCCGCCGCAGAGCAACCCGUCGCAGGACUCGUCGCGCAUCCGUGUCAACAUCCCGUCCCCCACUAUCAGCGGAGGAGGGAUUAUGCCCUUCCCGGAGAUCCAGACCGAAUCGACCAUCUCUGGACGCCACAGCCAUGACCAGGACUCGACAGACUUUUCGCGCGCGAUGAGCGACCUGAGCCUGAACAACGGCAACGACUCGAUGCACGCGACGACGAGCGAGUCGUCCUUUUACGCGGACUCGAUCAGCGGCCUUCCCCGCGACAGGCGGAGUGACCACCACCUUCGUGCUUGGGACGGUGGCCAGGAGCCGCAGGAGAGGUUACAUGACAUCAAUCCCUCACGCCAGCCGGUCGCCUCGGGCUCCAAGAUGCCAAUGCAUCGACGUCAGCCGUCUGACUCUUCCAUUGCGAGCAGCAUAUACACCGUCAACGGACGCAUGGCACCGCUUUCCCAGAUCGAUAACACGGGCCUUGCGUACGAUUCGGCCAUUGGAUCUCCAACCACCCCGAACGGCUCAGAGAACGGGUACCCGACUAUGAAUCGAGUGACCCGCAAGUCGAUGGAGUCCACCCAUUCGCUGCCCCUUCCUCAAGAGUCGCCACUACCGCCUGGAGCCGCCAACAGUGUCUACGACCACCGCGCCAUGUCGUUCUCGGGAUCAGGUGUGAACCGCAGGGAUGUCGUCCAGGCGGUGCGCUCGUCGUCCAUCAAGUCGCCUUCCGGAUCUGGUAUCGGUGCCCUCGGCAUCACGCUCGAUAAUGUCGGCAACUCGCCCGUCAAGUCGACAAAGUCGAUGAAGCACAGCACCCCGCCCAUUGUGCCUGCCGACAUUGAGGUUGACGCCAUCCCUGCGCUGCUUUCGACUGUCGCCGAGGCGUUCCGCACGAUCAUCAAACCGACCGAAAUGAUCAAGGACGGCAUCACGUACAAGGACGCAUUCGACGGAAGGACCGCCGUCACGCUCAUUGCGAGGAUUAUUAACACUGAUGAUCGCAAUCUCGCCCUUCUGCUGGGCCGAGCACUCGACGCGCAAAAGUUCUUCCACGACGUCGCCUACGCCCACCGUCUACGCGAUACACCUAAUGAAGUGUACCAGUUCAAGGAGCGGUUGGUGGCCCCGUUCACGCAGCCCGGAGCGGCCGACUCGCCCUCGAGCGACCACUUGAACCUGUUACGCCCUUCCUCGACUGGCAGCGCCGUUAGAGGCGGCGGUGCCGCUCCUUCCAUCCACUCGACAAACUCGGUCUUCUUCAACAAUGCGACCGGAGGCGGCACGCCGCGGCCGUCGCCGGGCGUCGACGGCGCCACCCCACAGUCGUCAGACGACGAGAGCGACGAUCUGCCGAACGGAGUGUUCACGCUGCUGACCGAGUGUUACUCGCCGACGUGUUCGCCCGACGCUCUCUGUUACUCGAUCUCGUGUCCGCGCCGACGCGAGCAGAUUGAGCGCCUCAACAUGAAGAGCGCGCACCCCGGUCUGCAGCGGGAGGUCGAGGACAAUGUCGACGACGUCAUUGUCAAGCCGACCGGCACGCUCUGGAUCGACUCGGUUUCGCAGGAGAUUCUCGAUUCCGUCGACGACCAGGAGAAGAAGCGCCAGGAGGCCAUCAACGAGGUCAUGUACACGGAGCGCGACUUUGUGCGCCACCUCGAGUACCUGCGCGACUUCUGGAUGAAGCCGCUGCUCUCGUCCGAGGUCGUCCCGGCUAACAGGCGAGACGAGUUUGUGCACCAAGUCUUCUGGAACGUGCAGGACGUGCUUUCUGUCAACCACGUGCUGGCUGAGCGCCUGACGAAGCGCCAGAAGCAGCAGCCCGUCGUGCAGUCGAUCGGUGACAUCUUCCUCGAGUGCGUCCCGCACUUUGAGCCGUUUGUCACGUAUGGAGCGCACCAGCUGUUCGGCAAGUACGAGUUUGAAAAGGAGAAGGGCGCGAACCCGGCGUUCCAAAAGUUUGUCGACGAGACGGAACGCAAGCCCGAGUCGGACAAGCUCGAGCUGAACGGAUACCUGACGAAGCCGACGACGCGUCUCGGCCGAUACCCGCUGCUGCUCGGUGCCGUCCUGAAAUACACGCCGGACGACCACCCAGACAAGACGGACCUGCCGGUUGUGAUCGAGAUGAUCCGCGAGUACCUGAAGCGUGUCAACACGGAGACGGGCAAGUCAGAGAAUGUGUUUGAGCUCGCGCAGCUCGAGCGCCAGCUCGUGUUCCGCCAGCACGAGAACAUUGACCUUCGCCUCAGGGAUAAGAACCGUGAGCUCGUCCACAAGGGCCCCAUGAAGCGUCGUGGCGGCACGCAGGGCGAGAAUGCCGACCUGAUUGCGUUCCUGUUUGACCACGCUUUCCUGCUUGUCAAGUCCAAGUGGGUCAACAAGGCGGAGCAGUACAAGGUGUACCGCCGGCCGAUCCCGCUUGAGCUGCUCGUGCUCAUCACGCCCGAGGACCACUUCAACAGCGCGCGGUCACGAAAGCUCAUUUCUCGCGGCACGAACAAGACCAAGGAAGGCGUCCACGUCCCGCCCAAACCCGAAAGCAGGCACGGAUUCUCGAUUACCGUCGUGCACCUCGGCCGCAAAGGAUACCAAAUCCAGCUGUGGGUCGACACGUACCAGAGCCGCAAGACGUGGGUCGAGAACAUUGAGAAGCAGCAGCAGAUCAUUCGCGACCGGUCCACGAUCUUUACGAGCGAGACGAUUUCGGAAAAUUACUUCCAGGGACUCAGACGGAUAACGUGCGUCAGUCCUUACGACAAUGGCAACCGCAUGAUUUACGGUACCGACGAGGGAGUGUACUUUUCCAACCUGCGCGACCCCAAGCUGCGCGAGCCCGUCAAGGUCAUCAACCUCGUGGACGUUACGCAGGUCGACGUCAUUGAGGAGUACCAGCUGCUGGUGGUUCUGCACGAGCGCUCGGUCACGACGUUCCCGCUCGACUGCCUGGACCCGAACGACCCGAAUGCGGCGCUGAAGCGCGGCAAGCGCAUCUCUAGCCACACGAGUUUCUUCAAGUCUGGCAUCUGUCUCGGGCGCACGCUCGUUGCGGUUGUCAAGAGCUCCCCGCUCAGUUCGACUAUCAAGGUGCUCGAGCCGAUCGACCAGAACAUGCGUGGCAAGAAGCCGCAGACGGGCUUCAUGCGCCGCAUGAAUGGUGGGCAGGAGAGCCUCAAGGUGUUCAAGGAGUUUUACAUUCCGCUCGAGUCGUUCAACAUCCACUUCCUCAAGACCAAGCUCUGUGUCGGGUGCCAGAAGGGCUUCGAGAUUGUCGACCUCGAGACGCUCGACAUGCAGAGUCUGCUGGAUCCCGAGGACUCAAACCUGGACUUUGUGCUCAAGCGCGACGGCGUGCGGCCCAUGGCCAUCUACCGCAUCGAGGGCGACUUCCUGCUGUGCUACAACGAGUUUGCGUUCUACGUCAACAAGAACGGGUGGCGUUCGCGCGAGAAGUGGGCCAUCAUCUGGGAGGGCCAGCCGACGUCGUUCGCGCUGCAGUACCCGUACGUCAUUGCGUUCGAGCCCUCCUUCAUCGAGGUCCGGCACGUCGAGACGGGCCAUCUCGUGCAGAUCAUCCCCGGCCACAACAUCAACUGCAUGUUUGCCGACAUGCCGCCGUCGACGGUGAAUGCGCCCCCGCCGCCACGACAGCUCAUGUACGGCGGCCAGCAGCCUCCGCCCAACAUGUACGGCCGCCCGCCGCAGAUGUACCCGCAGACGACUGGCGGGCCGUACGGCGGCUAUGCCAAUGGGCCGAACGGCAUGGCGCAGCAGCAGCGUAUGCACGGCCCCGGGUACGGGUCGAUGCAAGGCCGCCCGCCCAUGCCGGGCAUGCCGCAGCAGUACAUGGGCCCCCAGCAGAUGAUGCGUCCCCCAGCAGGCCCGCAGCACAACUUUGCCUUCCGCCCCCAGGUCAUCUUCACGAGCGACGAGCACCAUGUGCAGUUCCUGAAGCUGCCGCCGCGGGGGAGGCGGGGCAGCGACGCGAAGAGUAUAAAGAGUAUGAAGUCAGUCCGAGCCUAG